AACGCCAACCCACAGCUGCACUUCUGUGCCUUGUGCCGAACCCUGGGCCGCCACACUCUUUUUGGUGCAUCAUUCUUGAGACAAUACCUCUGUCUCUUCCACUGGCAGCAGCAGCAACGGCGUUUCUAGGCCGUGGUUGUGGCAAGGCUUGUCAGAGUCCUUGCCCAGGCCUUGGACACCCCGGCGCCUUGGCCCCGAGCUCACACAACUGGCAAGCUCGGCCCUAGACGGCAGCUUCAACUUCGUUAUCUUUUUGAACAGACCACAGCUCGCCGACUCCGCAUGUGCAAAGGCGUCUCAGGCCGAAGCAAUCCAUCAUGUCGAGCUCCAAAGCCGCCCUCAAGGCGAUCAAGGAUGCCAUAGGCAAGCAGAAAUGGGACGAUGCCAUAUCUCUGGCCCGCGAUGUCUUUGACAAGGACCCAAAGAACUACCAAGCAUACGUCUUUUAUGCAUUCGCGCUGGACAAGAAGAACCAGGUAGAUGAUGCCGAGAAGGCAUACGAGACGGCGUCGAAUCUCCGCCCAGAAGAAUCGCAGGCCUGGCAGGGUCUCAUCAAGAUCUAUGAAAAGAGAGGCUCCUCCAGCAUACCAAAGUAUCACAAGGCCGCGCUCAAGCUUGGAGAAAUCUUCCGAGACGCCAACGAGGUAGACAAGUGCCACGAUGUGGCGCAGAAGUUCGUCGACUUCGCCCUCAACCAGGGGGACAGGGCACAAUACGUCCAGGCCUUACACAUCAUGCUUCCAGACAGCCCGAUAUAUGACGCGCUGGAAGGCCGGGUUCCGCAUCCCUCAAAGACCUAUGAGACCAUGGCUCAGAUUCUGGAAGUGGAUGAGAAGAAGCGCAUCAACACUUUAAUCGGUGAGCGCAGGACCAGGCUUGGAGCCAAGCUUGGCGACGUCACUGUAGAAGUCACACGAGAAGUCUUGUGCAACAGCCCACUGGCCGAAAUCUACCAGCAGCUUAUCCUCUGGACAAGAGACGACGACAUACGGCGGCAGUAUGAAGAAAAGCUGCUGCAGUUUUGCUACGACAGAUUGUUGGCAAUGCACCCGGCAGACAAGCCCAAGGAACUCCCGAACGUGCAGAAGUUGGCCAAUGACAUGGUCAUCAUUAAACAUCCGUUCAAGUUGGCGUGGGACAUUGCUAUUGAGUGGCAAGACUGCAAGGAGUUUAAAGAUUGGGACGUCAACGUUCUGCGCCAGUACUGUGCGCACUUUCCAGACAGCGAUCUGUACCGGGUGUUGACAGCGUUCAUGACGAGCAGUAUUUCGCCAUUCCCAAAGCUCGAACCGGACGACACUAAGCGGUCAGCAUCGACGGAAAAGACCGAAAGCACGGAUGACAGUUCAGAUGACGAGGAUGGAGGCGCCCCGACCUCCGUCAUUCCAUUCACUGACGAGGAUCGUCUCCUCAUGAUGACGGAAGGCAUAGCUUCGACCAAGUCUCUUUUGGCCCACCGAAUCGUCGGCGAGUACUAUCAGCACUUGGAAGAGCACGAGACUAACGUUGAGCUCAUGCGGAAAGCCAUGAAGAUAAUGGUUACGGAAACAGAAAGGACAGGCAAGGUCUUCGUCAAUACGAACCAGGCUUACAUGGUCUACCUUGGUACUGCACUUGUCUACUACCAAUCCCCAAGGAAUCAUGGCGAGGCCAAGUUCUUAUUUGACAAGGUUCUCGAAGUCGACCCUACGUCGACACCAGCCAUGAUAGGCGUGGGACUGAUCUAUGAGGAGGAGGAGGAGUUUGACCAGGCUAUCAAUUUCUUGGAACGGGCACUGGUGGGUGACCCAGGCAACCUCAGAGUCCGCGCUGAAGUGGCGUGGUUGUAUGCGCUCAAGGGCGACUACGCGCGCGGCAAAGCUGAGCUUGAAGCACUACUCGAGCCGAUGAGCCAAGAUGCUGUGUCAAAAGAGACCCUGGCACAGACCCGAUACCGUCUGGGAAUGUGCAUCUGGAAUCUCGACGAUUCCAAGUCGGCUCGCAAGAGUCGCAAGGGAGCGUAUGCCUGCUUCCUCGACGCGCUCAAGGCUGAUUUCAGCUUCGCGCCGGCAUACACAAGUCUCGGUGUAUACUAUGCGGAUUAUGCGAAGGACAAGAAGCGUGCCCGCAAAUGCUUCUUACAGGCUGUGGAGCUGUCGUCAUCAGAAGUCGAGUCUGCAGAGCGACUGGCAAGAUCUUUUGCCGAUGAUGGCGACUGGGACCAGGUUGAGCUCGUUGCCCGGCGCGUCGUCGAGUCUGGCAAAGUGAAGCCUCCGCCAGGCUCAAAAAGGAAGGGUAUCAGCUGGCCAUAUUCUGCAUUGGGUGUCGCCGAGCUCAACAAGCAGGACCAUGGUAAAGCGAUUGUCUCUUUCCAAAACGCCCUCCGAAUGACACCCAAUGAUUAUCACUCGUGGGUUGGGCUUGGCGAAAGCUACUACAACUCUGGGCGAUAUAUCGCGGCAACCAAGGCGCUACAAAACGCUCAGAAGUUGGAGGAGACAGCCACUUCGAUCCCAGAAGACGAUACGUGGUUCACAAAGUACAUGCUUGCGAACGUUAAGCGCGAAAUCGCCGAGUACGACGACGCCAUUGAGCUAUAUCAGCAGGUAUUGAAUACGCGGCCAGACGAGGAAGACGUCGCCAUUGCACUGAUACAGACACUGGUUGAGGACUCGCUGGAUUGUGUCGACAAAGGCUUGUUCGGCAAAGCGAUUGAGCUAGCUCGGAGGGUUUUAUCGUAUGCGCUUACCGUGCCGGAGGCUGUGACCAGGACGUUCAACUACUGGAAAGCAGUAGGAGACGCCUGCUCGAUCUUCUCCGCGGUGCAAAGUCGCCUGCAUGACUUCCCGACCGAGGACAUACGCAAAAUCCUCGAGCAAGGCGAAGACGCCGAAGUUCCUUACACGGUCCUCCACGACGUCGACGGUGUGGGGAAGAGUGUCAUUUUUGCGAAGGGCUUGUUCUCGGAAGACGAACAGCUCGGUGUUGAUCUGACGCGCAGCUUGCACGCCUCUAUUCUGGCACACAAGAGAGCUGUGCACCUUUCAGCUCAGGAUAUCCACGCUCAAGCGGUCGCUUACUACAACCUUGGAUGGGCAGAAAACCGCGCGCACCAGUGCCUGCCUGCGGACAUCCGCGCACAGUCGAGCAGAUAUCAAAAGGCUGCCGUCCGGUGCUUCAAACGCGCGAUUGAGCUUGAGGCAAGCAAUUCCGACUUCUGGAAUGCUUUGGGCGUCGUGACCAGCGAGAUCAAUCCAUCUGUAGCACAGCACGCUUUCGUGAGAAGCUUGUAUCUCAACGAGCGUAGUGCACACGCGUGGACAAACUUGGGCGCCCUGGCGCUCAUCCAGAAUGACCCUCAGUUUGCGAACGAGGCGUUCACUCGAGCGCAGUCCAACGAUCCCGACUAUGCACAUGCUUGGCUAGGUCAGGGCUUUGUUGCGCUCCUCUACGGCGACAGCAAGGAAGCGCGGGGCUUGUUCACACACGCCAUGGACAUCUCCGAAGCGUCAUCGCUGGCCACGAGACGGCACUAUUCCGUCUCACUCUUCGACCAUAUCCUCACCAACCCGCCAGCUCUUAGCAGUAUUUCCCUGGUACAUCCGCUAUUUGCGCUGCGACAGCUUCACGGGCUGAACCCACAGGAACUCAGUUACGAGCACCUUGCAGUACUAUUCGAAGAGCGUACUGACGACAUUGGGCGGGCUAUAGAGUCUCUCGACAAGACUGCCAACGCUCUCGAAGCUAGUUACGAGUCAACUGAAUCACCACAAGCUCUAGGCCGCUUUGCACUGGCCAAGACAGAUCUUGCGCGAGCGUAUCUUGCCGCUGGUGACUACGAGCAGGCCGCGCAGUGCGGCGAGCUGGCCCUUCAGCUGAGCAGCGACAACUCCGAGAACGAGCUGAGCUCCGAGCAGCGCCGCAAGGCACGGCUCUCGGCACAUCUCACCGUUGGGCUUGCGCAGUACUUUAGCAAGGAGCUCGACUCGGCGUUGGGCUACUUUGAAACCGCGCUCGAGGAGUCAGAAGGCAACCCGGACGCUGUUUGCGUGCUCGCACAAGUACUCUGGGCAACGGGAAGCGAGGAUGCGCGCGACCGGGCUCGCUCCGCGCUGUUCGAGGUCAUCGAGAAGGACUCUACGCAUGUCACGUCGGUUCUGCUUCUGGGUGUCAUCGCGCUCCUCGACGACGACGCCGAGUCCCUCGACGCCGUCCUGGCCGAGAUCAACACCCUGCGGACCAGCAACACCGUCACGGAUGCAGAGCAGGCGCAGAUCGGCGACGUCCUGCGCGCCGUGGCCGCGCUAUCCCAGCAUGACGCGGCGGCAGGAGGAGACGAAGAUCCCGUCCUCACGCAGAUCCAGAGCGACAUCAUGCUGAACCCACACCUUCCACAUGCCUGGAGUAAGUUGUCUCAGCACAGUCCCAGCAGCGACGACAGCUACGCGGCAGACAUGGCUCUGCAGGUCGCGCAGAAGGCCAUCCCGCCCCGCGGCGCCCUGGGUGCGGCAGACCUCGCCGAGGCGUUUGCGGGCACGGGUACGAUUGCAGACGCGCAGAAGGCGGUGCUCGUGGCGCCGUGGAGUGCCUGCGGAUGGGAGAGCCUUGCGGCGGGUGUUGCCUGAAGAUGUGGACCCGUACAUUGCAAGUCGUCUGGACAAAACACGCAGAAGGUUAUUUGUUGGUAGC